AUGAGAGCCGCACGCUACUAUGGCAAAAAGGACAUCCGGGUUGAGGAGGUCCCUAUUCCAAAACCGGGACCAAACCAAUGUCUGAUUGAAAUUGAAUGGUGUGGCAUAUGUGGUUCUGACCUUCAUGAAUAUAUCAUGGGGCCUGUCAUGUUCCAGCCAGGUAUCACCAUUGGCCAUGAGUUCUGUGGCCGAGUCAAAGAAGCCCCAAGAGGAUCCAAGUUGCAAAUCGGUCAAGCUGUCAUGAUCGACCCUCGAGUCGUGUGCUCUUCAUGCUCGCCAUGCAAAAGAUCCAACGAUCACUGUUGUCAGAAGCUUGGCUUUCUGGGUUGUAGCCCCACCCCAGGCGGAGGGGGUCUCUCCGAGUUCGUCGCCGCCGACGAAGACAUGCUCUACCCGCUGCCCGAUACUAUCGGCCUCGACUAUGCCGCCAUCAUUGAACCCUUGGUCGUCGCAUACCACGCCAUCAAGACCGUCCCCACUCUGGAAGGCUUAGAUGUCCUCAUUCUUGGUGGAGGUCCCAUUGGCUUAGCCGUGGCCAUCGUCCUCCAAGCAGAAAAGGUCAAGAGCAUUUCCGUCAGCGAGCCUGCAGAAGCAAGAAAGGCUCAGGCCAAGGGUCUGGUUGACCGCGUCAUCGAUCCCACCUCAGUCAAGGUCGGCGACGUCUUGCGCGAAGCCACUGACGGAAAGGGCGUCGAUAUCGUCUUCGAUUGUGCCGGAGUUCCGGCUGGUUUGGACACGGCUUUCGACAGCGUCACUCAAGGAGGCACUUAUGUUAGCGUGGCAUUGUGGGAAAAGCCUUUCACCAUUCCAUUUUUGAAUUUCCUUUUCAAGGAAGUGACCAUUCUCGCAUCAUGUUGCUAUAAUCGCGCCGAUUUUGCAGCUGUCAUGAAAGUGAUCGGAGAAGGUAAAUAUAACGGGUACGAAAAAUUGGUAACAAGCCGGAUCCCGCUGGAAGAUGUGUCAAAGGGGUUUGAAGAAUUGGUCAACAACAAAGACAACCAGAUCAAAAUUAUGAUAUCGCCAAAGUUACGUGCUUCAACGUAGAGGGGGUUUUGCGAGUCGACCGAAGAUGGAAGACUUCGUACCAAGGCAUGAUAAUGUGAUGACGAGUCUCUAGAGAGUAACAAGAACCAAGAUUGCC